GCCGUGCAGCACCCGGUCCCUCUCAGCACCGCAGCCCCCCCACUCAUUCACACAUCUCUCCGGCAAGAAAGCCCUCCACAUCCCGCAAUGUCGGCCGCCAGCACCGAAACUAGCGCCCCGCUGCCCACCGCCGGCAGCCGCGUCUUCUUCCAAGCGGCGACCGGCGUGGGCUGCGUGGGGUCCGGCCCCAUCACCGCCGGGGACGACCCGGUCCAGAAGAAGCAGGGCAAAGUGACGGUCAAGUACGACAGAAAAGAGCUGCGGAAAAGACUCGUCCUGGAGGAGUGGAUCAUCGAGCAGCUCAGCGAGCUGUACGACUGCGAGGAGGAAGAGAUGCCAGAGGUAGAGAUAGACAUAGAUGACCUGCUGGAGGUCAACAGCGAUGACGAGAGAGCCAGCAAACUGCAGGAAUCAUUAACAGACUGCUACAAACCAACAGAGGACUUUGUCCGUGAGUUGCUGGGCAGGAUAAGGGGAAUGAGAAAACUCAGUGCGCCAAAUAAGAAGGGCCUAUAAUGGCUGUAAUGUCAACCAUCAAUCAACCAUAAACUACGCCAUCUCAGCUCCACCUACUGAACCCACUCAACAUGGACUGUCAUCACAUAGAAUUACUUAUCUAAGCAUAACAGCAUUAUUAACUAUUCUGCAACCUGCAAACCUGCACCGUGACCUCCAUGCAUAUAACACUAGUCAUUCAUUUCACAAUCACAUAGAAUAACAAGGUGUAUUAUAAUAUUUGACUGUUGAAAGGUACUUAAGCAAAUCAGAGCCGACAUGGUUCAAUAGCAUACAGCCACAAUGAAAUGUCAAGCCCUGGAACACGCCAGAACUGCAACUGUGCUUUAACAUGAACGCCACCGAACUCCACAUUUCAGAGCCAUGUUACAAGCCGACGCUGUAAUCCCAGCAGCCAUACAGACUAAAACACCAACAAAUCUCAAAAAGGGAGAUGGUAAAAAAAAAAAUUGUUUGUACUGCGGUAGGUGUGCAAUUAGCUGUAGCACUAUGUAAACACAGUGCUUCAUGAUUUUUGUUUUUUUUUACUGAGGUGUUUUGCUGUUUCUUCUUUUUAAAAAAAAGUACUGUGUGUUGCCAUUUAUUGUUCAUGUGAUUGAAAUGUGGUCUUCAACAGUUUUUUUUUUUUUUUGUCCAAUACUUCGAAGUUGACCUCCUUAUCCUUACUCCGCCAGUGCUUGUAAGGGAGCUCUGCAGAUUUGUUUCAAGCACAAGGCGUUAACACAUCAGUUCUGUCCUUUUGUGAUACGUAAACUCUGGCAAGAGUGGGGACGUUUUAGCAAACGAGGCUAAAAUAGCGUGACGAUUUUUGCUUUUUAACCAAUGUUUUAUUCUACCUUUCACCACAGUGAGGCAUGAUGGGUGUUGCAGCUCUCCGUGUGAGGUGACAACACCUGUAUGAUUGGCAGCCUUUCACUAACCAUGUUCAGCGGUGUUGUUCAUUGCUCUCUCCCUCAUCAGAAUACAUAUCAGUUGGUCGUUUAGGUUCAAGCACAAAGCCCAAACAUUGUAGUUGUUUCUCACCCUCUGGUUCACUUAACUCUGCUAAUUAAUCGUGGUUGAUGUUGCCUUCAAGGAUAUUCAGGAUCCGUUCACCUUUCUCUCAGCACUGAACCUUAACUACUGACAACCUAAAGGCAAAUGCAGUUGAGUCAGAACCUGAGGACAACUUGAAGCUUUGACACUUAAACCUGUCAGGUCCUGCAAGGGAAGGUGUGCCAAAACCGGGAGUAUUACAUCUGAAAUGUCAUACGUCAUGGAGGCAUUAGUGUGACACAGAAUUUUCACAGAAAUUGUUUUAAGUUUGUGAAACAUCUCUGGGGUGGGCGCAGAAUUUUAAGACGUUUAGAACUAUACCAGGUUGCAGAAAAUAUGUUGUAAUUGCAUAAUCCCAGGUUUGAGGGGCGGAUUCAGCUAUUUAUUGUUGUUAAUGACCUUCUGUGCACCAACACACUCAAAAACCUCUGGUACAAUCAUGACUCGUGUUAUGGGGUUGGGCCCAGUUCCACUUCCGAGCAGUCAAUCGUGAACCAACCAGAAUGGAGCAGACCUAAACCUGCCAUGUGAUAUAUACCCUCAGCUGCCAAAGACAAAAGCAGGGCAAUGUUUGAUUUUAAACGUAACACUUGCAAAGCACCCGUCUUGCAUGCUAACGACAGAGAAAAACACUGAUAAAGAGUAUAGAUAUUAUGAACUUAUAAUCAAGCAAAAAAUACUUUUUUGACAUAGCUGCCAUGUCUGACUUUGUAGAACUUUUUUGUGUUGAAUCAACGUGACUGCCACGUUGGAGAGAAUCCAGGAAAAUUUUAAAAAUGGUGCUGUUUUUGAUGUUCUUCCCAGGUUUUGGUCUUAUAAGGCGCAUCUUCACUGUCGACUGAUGCCAGAGAAAUGUGUCUGCAAGAAAUGUGUCUGUCUUUAUUGACGAGGUGCAUACGGUCUAAAGUAGUGUCCUCUUUGCAUUUCCCUUCCUCGGUCUGAACCAGAGUGGACUGGGCUGGAUGAGUGUCACCACACUCAGCUAGCAGCGGUUGAUCAGUCUGAAAAAGAUCACAUGUUUUUCAGAUCAGUGAAUCGGAAGGACAAGUUAAAGAGGAAGCCAUUGUAGGCGCUGAGAUGCACCCAGGACUUGAGGUACUCCAUAGGAUUUUCUCUGUCAAGAAACAGUUCAGGGGCAAUAGGCUGAUAUUUUAUAAUUUAUGGGAUUUCAUGUGGAGAGUAUUUUGAAAGUGUCCAUACUAGAAAGCUUUAUGUUUGCAUGUAUUUUUAAAGUCGCAUGUUGAGGGGAACAUUUUGUUGGCCCAAAGGCUUUUAUUUCACAAAAUGAAACACUUUCCUUUUUAUACCUUUAUUAUUAUUGAGAUGAGAAUAUUCAGUUUUUCAGCUGCAGUUUUCUUUUUCUGUACAUCCACAA